ACAACAGCACGCUUCGGAGUCAGGGAGUUGGGCUUCAAGCGAGGGCUUCACUGUUGCGGGAGCCAAACGUUCGAUUCAUUGAGCGGAUUUUGACGACGGAGGCCUCGAAGGAAUCUGAUCGGCCCUGCAGCUGGUUUCGCAUUCAGGUUUAGGGUUCGAAUUAGGUUUUACAGUUUGGUUUCUGAGGAUCUCGCUGCUUGUUGAAGUUUGUGGGUCAUCGAGUGGGCUUCUCCUGAUGUCGAUUACGAGCUACAAUGGAAGUGCACUGAUUGCCAUGGUGGGCAAGAAUUGCUUCGCCAUCGCCAGUGACCGCCGUCUGGGUGUAAAUUUCCAGACGAUUGCAUGUGAUUUUCAGCGCAUAUUUAAGAUACACGACAAGCUUUACAUUGGCCUCUCUGGACUCGCCACGGAUGUGCAAACCAUGCACCAACGUUUGCAAUUUCGUCAUAAAUUGUACCAACUGCGAGAAGAGCGCAACAUGCGCCCGGAAACUUUUGCCAGUCUUGUUUCGGCAAUUCUUUACGAGAAAAGGUUUGGACCUUACUUCUGCGAGCCUAUUAUAGCCGGACUUAACGAUGACGGAACUCCUUUCAUUUGCACCACGGAUUUGAUCGGUGCCAAGCAACUGGCGAAGGACUUCGUGGUUUCUGGAACUGCCUCAGAGUCCCUGUAUGGUGCUUGCGAGUCUAUGUAUAAACCUGAUUUGGGUCCAGAUGAGCUGUUCGAGGUGAUCUCACAAGCUCUACUGGCGUCUGUGGACCGGGACUGCAUUAGUGGAUGGGGAGGGAUUGUCCAUGUUGUGACUCCGGACCAAGUUAUUACCAAGACCUUGAAGGGCCGCAUGGAUUGAGUUCUAACAUCUUCUGAGAUUUCAAUGUGCCCCUGGUCGUUUUGUGGAUCAAUGGUCAGCUUGGAAGGGAAUACGAAUCAACAGUUUAUUUCUUCCUGAGAUUCUGCGAGGGAAUGCUUUCAUGCAGCAUUGAUUGUUAUCACUUCGUAGACCCAGAUACACACACUGCUCGCGAUGCAAUGUAACUUGGCUUUGUUGACCCUUCCAAGAUUUUCACAUUGCAAGCCUUUCCUUCUCAAGUUGUUAUUUGUGCUCCAGGGCCUGAAAAAGUUUUACAGCUGCAUGUUUUAAAUA